AUGGGCGUUACAAGCAUGUGGGAAUACGCGCAAAAGUUUGUACAACCUGUGAAUAUAUCUGCACUGCGGAACAAGCGGAUUGCUAUAGAUGGUCACACUUGGCUGUAUGAAGUACUGCGUGGCUCGGUAGCACACUGCUCAACUGCUCGAAAGCCGUAUUUAAGUACAUUUUAUACACGAUGUCGAAGUUUAAUGGAAGAAGGUGUUGAACCCAUUGUUGUUUUCGAUGGAAUUGAUGAGGGAGAGCGGACAAAUGUAGAUUAUGCGGUUUCUACGAUGAGGAAAUCAAGAAAGCGUGGAAGCAAGUACUGGACAUCAGAACUAAAACAAGAAAUGGUGCCAAAAAUUGAAGAAAUCAAGAUGUUAUUAAAUUCGAUGGGAGUUCGCUGGAUGGAAAGUAAAUUGGAAGGUGAAGCACAAUGCGCACAACUUGAGCAACGAGGCUUAGUGCAUGGUUGCAUCACUCGAGAUUUCGACUAUAUUCUUUUUGGAGGGAAUAAUCUCUAUCAAGUCGAAUUUGGUUUUAGUGGCAAGGUACAGAACAAUAUUCUUCAUCUUUCCAUGGAUUAUCUGGAUGAAACCUUGUGCUUGAGCAGGUCUUGUCUUAUCGCAAUGACAAUCAUGAUUGGUUGUGAUUAUGCGCAAAAAGGAAUUCCUGGUGUUGGUUUAGUUACAGCGUUGGAAAUUGUUUCUGAAUUUUAUCUCAUGAAGCAUGAUCAUCCUCAAGUCAUUUUGGAUAGAUUUAAAUCUUAUACAACAGAAAUGCUUCCUGUGCGCGAUUAUGACAGCAAUGUCAAACGGAAAUUACGACUUAGCGUUAAUAGAAAUUCCAUAGAUUUGCGAAAUUUCAAUCCAAACUCAGAUGCUAUGUCUAAUGCGAUCAACAUUUAUAUGAUGCCGCUUGUUAUUGAGUAUUCUCGUACACAAUUACCCAAAAAAUUGCAACCCAAUAUGCAAAAAACUGAAGAAAUACUAAUGCGUGAAUGCAAUUGGAAGCCAAAUGGUGUUAACUGUACGCAGAAGAUACAACCAGACGCAGAGAGAGUUGAGAAUUGUACAACGCUAAACAAAGGAGGACGUAUUGCUUGCUCAAAACGUGAACGAGUUGCCAUGGAACGACUGCGUGUGAACGCUUUGCUUUACAAACAUAUUCCUGUGAUAGAAGUGAUCUCAGUACCAUCAACUUCAGAAGAUGUGAAUCAGUUGAAUGGUGAAAGUAGCGGUGUAAUUAUUUCAUCACAACGAGAUGCAGUUCAACGAAGUGGACGAAAAAAGGGAAAUCUUGAGUUGCAGCAACCACCGCCUAACAAAAUCCCUCGAAAAGAUGGUUUUGUUACAAAAGUGAAUGCUUCUAAUAUAAAUCAGGUACAGGUAAAACCAGCAUCGGGACAGAAUGAGCAGAUCAACAUUGAGGAGCAAAAUUCAGCUGCCACUGAGCUUCUCAUCGUCGAAGAUGUCAGUCGCACCAAUGCAUUGCAGGUCUUCACAGUAUAA